CAACAAUAAAAAUAAAAUAAAAAUCGUUGGGCCACUGGCCAACGGCGGCAGUAAUAAGAAAGAAGGAGGCACAACGAAGAAAAUAAAGAAAGGAAAAAAAAAGCGCUGCAGUUGCAUAGGAACUGCGACUGCAUUUACUAUAUAAUCGGCAUAUUUAGAUAUAUAGAUAUAGCGAAAAACGGCGAUCGAUCGUGACGUGACAGAGAGCAAACGGCAAACAGCAAGAUGAGCAGCCAGCAGCGGACGGUGAUUAUAUUCAAAUCGGAAUCGGAGAGCACGGAUGUCUACGCGGAGACCCUGCUGGCGCACAACUUUCAGCCGCUGUUCGUGCCGACGCUGAGCUUCGGCUUUAAGAAUCUUGAACAGUUGCGAGCCAAGCUGCAGACGCCGGACAAAUAUGCGGGCAUCAUAUUCACCAGUCCGAGGUGUGUUGAGGCCGUUGCCGAGGCUCUGCAGCUGGCGGAGCUGCCCAGCGGUUGGAAGCUAUUGCAUAACUAUGCUGUUGGCGAGGUUACGCACAAUCUGGCCAUGAACACACUGCAGCAACUAUUCACCCACGGCAAGCAGACGGGCAACGCCCGGAAUCUGGGCGACUUCAUUGUGGACACCUUCGAUGGAUCACGGAAUCUGCCGUUGCUGCUGCCGUGCGGCAAUCUAGCCACGGACACGCUACUCUCGAAGCUGGCGGAGAAUGGUUUCUGUGUGGAUGCGUGUGAGGUGUACGAGACGAAGUGCAAUCCACAGCUGGCCGAGUGCAUGGAUCGUGCCCUGAAGGCGGAGAACAUUGAGUUCCUGGCAUUCUUUUCACCCUCCGGUGUGAAUUGUGCCUACGAAUACUUCAAGGCCCGCAACAUUUCGCCGGAUCAGUGGAAGCUGGUGGCCAUUGGGCCGAGCACUCGACGCGCCCUGGAGUCGCUGGGGCUGAAAGUACUGUGCACCGCGGAGCGGCCAACGGUGGAGCACCUGGUGAAGGUGUUGCUCAACCCGCAGGAGAGUCGCGAGCGCCUGCUGCGGGAGCGCCUGGACGUAGCAUAAGUGUUUUUGUUUAAUUACUUCGAGUUGAUUCUAUUUCCAUUUAUCUCUCUCUCUAUCUCUCUCUCUAUGUGACCUCGAUGAGUACAAAAUUAGUGAGCUCAGCAUGAAAUGUUGCGCAUUAUAAGUUAUUUUUGACGCCCGAUACUCACCUCAAUUGAAGCUAAAUAAAUUUGUUUUUUUUUUCGUA